AUGGAGAAACAGGUUUCAGCCGAAUCACGACCAAAGGUCAAAAACCGUUUUCCGCGAGUAGUUAUCAUAAUAAUACUCACGGAAUUCUGCGAGAGAUUUUCAUUUUCGGGCAUGAGAGCAUUCCUUACAUUAUAUUUGCGAAGUAAACUCGGAUAUACUGAUGAAGAGGCAACGGAAACUUAUCAUUUAUUUAGCACUUUUGUCUACGUCUUUCCCAUAAUUGGCGGCAUCGUAGCUGAUAACUGGUUGGGGAAAUUCAGGACAAUACUUUAUUUGAUGUUCGUGUAUGCAGCGGGUAACAUAUUGGUGGCUGUUACUGCGAUUCCACAACUGAACCUUCCUGGAAGAUUAUGCACACUCUUAGGUUUGUUCAUGAUAACCGUGGGCACUGGGGGGAUAAAACCAUGCGUGACCGCCUUUGGGGGGGAACAAUUCGUCUUGCCCCACCAAGAAAAACACUUAGCGGUGUACUUCAGUAUCCUCUACUUUACGUUAUGUAUUGGUAGUUUGAUUGCGAAGACUGUAUCUCCAAUAUUGAGAUCAGAGGUGCACUGCUUUGGGGAGAAAGAUUGCUAUUCGCUGGCGUUUGGUGCACCAGGAUUCGUUGUUCUUGCUUCUAUUGUAAUAUUCGUGAGUGCAAAAAACAAAUAUGUUAUGAAACAGCCAUCUGGAAAUAUAGUACUGGAUUUUGUCAAGUGUAUUGCUCUGGGUCUCAAAAAUACAUUUUUGAAAGGGAAAAAAGAGAAAAAUGAGCACUGGCUGGACAGCGCUCAUCACAAAUAUGACCAACGAUUUAUACGCGAUGUAAAAAAAACACUGUCGAUACUUGCGUUGUUCACUGUAAUACCAGUGUUUUGGUCUUUAUUAGAUCAGAUGGGUUCAAGAUGGACGUUACAAGCAACGAAGAUGGACGGAAGAUUGGGUUUCAUUACUAUCAAGCCAGAUCAGCUUCAGGUCAUUGCACCAAUUUGUAUUCUCAUUUUCAUUCCCCUGAUGCAAAAGUACAUAUACCCAUAUUUAGAGAGACGUAAUAUGCUAAAGAAUCCAUUACACAAAUUGACAGUUGGAGGAAUAUUGGCGGCGAUCGCGUUUAUUGCAUCGGCACUCGUUGAAAUUCAUAUAAAGACAACAUAUCCAGAAUUGCCACAAACUGGUUUAUCUCAGCUUAGAAUUUUUAAUGGCAACCCUUGCUCUGUUGCCAUACACAACGAUGGGCAAAACAUUGUUUACACCAUUCCACCUCACUCGCACUUCACCAACAAGCGUGUACGAGUGAAAGGGAUGGAGAAUUUGACUACAACUUUUAGCGGAGGUUGUAUUGAACCGAGGGAUGAAAAUUUAUGGCUAGAAGACCAAAAGGCAGUUUCGUUUUUUAUUAGUGGAAAUCAAAUGCAGAGGUUUAUAGAUAAUGUUGAUAAGAGCAAAUCUGGAUUGCCUGUGGUCAGAUUUCUAGCGUCAAACUUACUCUACAAUUCAUCUAUUACUUUAUUCAAUGAAAGACGAAGCGAAGUAGAAGCUGUUAUAACAAAUGGUGUUUCAAAGCAGAUGGAAGUAUUCGCUUCGUUGUACUCACUACGAAUGGGAUCGAAUAUUAUUUUAAAUGACAUUAGUAUGAUGAGUGGAGGCGUCUAUUGUAUUAUUUUGGAUAGAGUUGAUGGCGUUUAUAAAGCUGAUGUGAUCACCAUUUCAGAGCCGAACUCCAUAACCAUGGCUUUGUUGCUACCCCAGUUCCUGAUUAUGUCAAUAGCAGAGGUUCUAUUCGCAGUGACGGGAAAUGAGUUCUCAUUCAAAGAAUCCCCGAAUAGUAUGAAAGCCGUGAUGACUGCCGUGUUCCUGCUCACCGAAGCUUUUGGAAACAUCAUCAUUAUCGUCAUCACAAGGCUCUUCACUAAUUAUCAGCAGGAAACCCAGUCUUUCUUCUAUUCUGGACUCAUGUUACUUUCAAUAAUAGUGUUCCAUUACCUCUCUCGUGGCUAUGAAUUUGGUCACGAUUGUGAUGAUGACAUAACAAAGAAAAAAAGCCGAAGCAACAGUGAUGUUUUGUAUCAGCAAGUCAAGCAAAUUGAAGAUCUGCUAGAAUAG